GUAACUUUUGUUCUUUUCACCUGCUUCUUUCGUUUAUGUUUCUUUUUGCAGUUUUGCGUGCGGCUGUUGGAUGUGUACGGCUGUUACGUACGGCUGUACUGCGUUUUUCACUCUUGUGGUCGUUUUGUGCGAUGCAUGCGGUACGAUCUUCCUUCAAGAUGAAUGAUGGAACACUGGAGGUGUGCUGAGCACAUGGUAGCCAGGUGACAGUGGCAGCCCAUGGCGGGGUGUCAUUCCGAGGGGGGGUCCCCCAGCAGCCCCCCCAAGGAGGAGGACCUCCGACCAGCGACGGGGGCAGGCCGCAUCCUGGCUGUCCAAGUACACUUGCUCGAUGAGACAGUCACCACAUUCAAUGUGCAGUACAAGGCAGCUGGUCGUGUUCUGUUUGACCAAGUCUGCCGUGUCAUCAACCUGCUUGAAGUGGACUACUUUGGCCUUGAGUAUGCUGAUAGCAGUGGGACCAAGUACUGGCUGGACAAUGAGAAACCUAUGUGCCGCCAAAUGGGCCUUUCUAUGGUGUCACCUGUCAUGUACUUUGCUGUCAAGUUUUAUACACCUGAUCCAUGUCAACUUGAAGAGGAGUUUACAAGGUACCUGUUCAGCCUGCAGAUCAAAAGAGACUUGUCGCAGGGUCUGCUCCAAUGCAGUGACCCUACUGCUGCACUGUUGGCUUCCUACAUUGUCCAAGCCUCGUGUGGGGACUACGUGGCAGAAGACUACCCCGAUGCCUCGUACCUGUCGAGCUACAAAUUUGUGCCCCACCAAGACGCUGCACUCGAGGCACGCAUCAUGGAGUGCCAUCAGCGACAUGUGGGCCAGUCACCGGCCCAGGCAGACCUCAAUCUGCUGGAGACUGCACGCCGCUGCGAGCUGUAUGGUGUGCGACUGAGUCCCGCCCGGGACUCCGACGGCCUCACCCUCAACCUGGCAGUGGCCCACAUGGGUGUCAUGGUGUUCCAGGGCACCACACGCAUCAACACCUUCUCCUGGGCCAAGAUCCGUAAGCUGAGCUUCAAGCGCAAGCGCUUCCUCAUCAAGCUCCACCCAGAGGGAUACGGCUACUACAAGGACACGGUGGAGUACUUCUUCGAAAGCCGAAAUGAGUGCAAGAACUUCUGGAAAAAGUGCAUAGAAAACCAUGCAUUUUUUCGCUGCACCGAGGUAAAAAAAAGCCCUCGGCAGAAAGCACGGCUCUUCAGCCGAGGAUCAUCCUUCAGGUAUAGUGGUAGAACGCAGAAGCAGAUUGUUGAAUAUGUUAGGGAGAACUAUGUCAAGAGGCAGCCGUUUCAAAGAUCAACAAGCCUGCGCUUACCAUCUCACGGUAGUGCAGGCACUUCAGACAAUGAGGAGAACAUUCAGUCAGCGGCUGCUGCAACCUCAGAACCAAGUUCUCCACGACGAGACACGAGCCGUGACACACCUCGGCUUACUGAGGGUGCUGUGACACCUAGCCAGGACACAGAUGACAACAUUUCACACGAUUCAUAUCGGCUGGAGGAAGGGGACUCGUCCAUCGCUGCACCCACACCGAGUGCAGACAAUUCAAUUGCCCUUGAUUUGAGUCCUCCCACAACUUUGCCAGUGUGCUCUUCACCGAGCACAGCCUGCAUGAAGGAAGAGCACAGCCCAGAGCAAGUGUCACCACCAAACAACAACAACAAUUUGCAUUGUGUUAGCAACGACGGAACGCUUUCAACAUCCUGCUUCACACAGGACCUGGCUGGCGAUGGCGGCAAAAAGAUGUUUCCACUGGAAUACUUUAUUAGCAAGGAGCUGCUGAUGACAGAACGCAGCUACAAGAAGGACUUGGAAGUGGUGGUGGUGGCCUUCCGAGAAUGGGCUGAAAAAAUUGGCUCAUCUGAAACAGGCUCACUUUUUUCACUGCUUGCACCCAUCUACAAGCUCCACUGUGGUCUGUUGCACGAACUUGAACAGCAAAUGGCUUCCUGGGACAGCAAGACGGUUUCUCCCCCUGCUCAAGGUGUUGGUGCACUUAUGCUGGAUUACUUACACUUGCUGGAGCUGGAUGAGCGGUACCUGGAGGCGCUGCCCCACAUUUUGGAGCGCCUGUACACGGGGCCACACUGCGAGCAGUUGUGCCGAGAGUUUGAGCUGCUGCGGGACUGCUACUUGCCCUUGUCACUGUUUCUUCUGCGUCCAGUGCACCGCAUAUUUCACUACUGUUCCUUGUUUGAAAGGCUGCACAAUUGUUAUCCACCGAACCAUGCUGACGUUGCCUGUAGCCAAGAAAUGCUGCAGCAGCUCGGGAGGUUCACCACUUGCCACAAGGAGGCCUUGCACAGAUUGGAGAACCAUAUCAAGAUGACUGAACUAGAGCGGGACCUGCUUGGUCUGGACAAUCUCAAUCAGCCUGGCAGGGAAUUCGUGCGGGAAGGAUGCUUGCAGAAACUUUCCAGGAAGGGCUACCAGCAGAGAAUGUUUUUCCUGUUCUCCGACAUGCUGGUCUAUGCCAGCCGUGUCUCUUCCUCUGGGCCGCGGCUUCAGUUCAAAGUUCACGGACAGCUGCCAUUGCAAGGACUCAUGGUUGAGGAAACAGAGCCGAAAGCUGAGGCAGCCUUUCGCUUUACCAUUUAUGCUGCUAACCGGGCCCUCAUGGUUGCUGCUGGGUCAGAGGAGGAACGACAGCGAUGGAUACACGAUCUGUGCGGCUGCAUCGAGAUGGCCCGAGACCAUAAAGGACUGUACUACACCAGCCUCAAAUCUUGCCAUUCAUCAGAUGAGCGGCUAGAUAGGUCGGGGGCAGAAAGCACACGGAAUUCCAACUCAGCAUCAAGCCCAGUUCAUGCUACCACCACACUGCAUCUGUGCUGGCACCGCAACACCAGCAUUGGCCGAUGCCAGUACCAGCAAGCAUUCCUGCACUACCUCAGUGGCUACCUUCUGCGCAAGUUCAAAAACAGCAGUGGAUGGCAGAAACUGUGGGUGGUGUUCAGCAACUUCUGCCUCUUCUUCUACAAGUCUUAUCAGGAAUCUGUUCCCUUGGCAAGUCUUCCACUGCUGGGCUAUACAGUGGCACAGCCUGGGGACCAGAUGGGCAAACAGCAUGUCUUCAAGCUGCAAUACCGUAGCCACGUGUACUUCUUUCGUGCAGAGAGCGAGUACGCAUAUCAGAGGUGGAUGUACGUUAUCAGCAGUGCAGCUGUCAAGAAAGCCUGAGUUUUCAAGCACGUGAAACAUGUGCUCAGGCAUCGUGGGAACAAACAAGGCUUAAAUGCAAACAUGCAAAAGUAGUAUGUUGUGUUGCCCAACCACUGUACUUCUGGCUCAAGCUUCAUGAAAGUACUCAGAACCUGACCAUUGCAUUACCCACUUUAGUGCAGAAACACCUGUGCCCUGAUGUCAUAGAUAUGCUUCCUGCUUUUUGCAGUAAUGUGUAAAUGUAAGAAACUGAUAUUGUCCUCAUUUUUUUACCAUUUCGGCAUUUGCGUGCUUGCACUUUUAUGCACCUGAAGCAAAUGGAUUAUCAAAGAGUUCAAUGCCUUUUGCCCUAUCUGCAUGCACCUUUUGAUUCCCUUGUGAGAAUCACUGUAAAAAUGCAUUCAACUGAUGUCAGUAUAGUGCUAAUGGAAGGUGAUGUGGUGUGUCUUCAGACACACAUUACUGCAAGGUACCAGAACAUGGCGCUAGGCUCUUAGAAGGUUUAUGAAGCAUUUUACUGACAUAUUCUAUGCUUAUUGGCUGUCCUACUUUGGUUAUUCCUUUGAGCUUGUCUUAGUUUCAUAUACUGAAAUUAGAACUUAAAUUAUGUGCAUGCAUCAGAUUUCACAUUAAAUUUGGUUAAGUGUUCUUGAAUUCAGAAACUGUUUUAAGAACCUCUUGACAUGUAUUUGGAUGCUAAAUUAUUUGCAAGAUCAUAUUGGCCACAUGUUUGUGGGCUUUUGAUGUAUUCUUCAUGGAUAUGUUUUAGCACAGUUUUUGUUUGUUAUAACUUUGCCGCAGUGCUUUGUAUAAGAUGUCUUAAAAAGGAGGGGCGGGGGGGAGGGCCUCUUGUAAAACAUUUCAAAUACACAGGACAUGCAUAUUAGCAUCCAAUGCAAUUUUUUUGUGGCAAAAGAGUUAAUGUUUGGUCUUGCCAAUGUCUGUGGACCAUGUUUGGACGAUUUCUUUUAUCAUCACUUGUGUUCAUCAUCAUGGUGGUUAAGAACAUCCCCAGCAGGAACUAACGGUGCUGAAGAGUAACGGGCACAUGUUAUCAUACUUAUGUUUGCCACUCAUAUAAGCAAAAACAAGCUUAUCUUGCCUCAUUCUUAGCUGGUUUCAGUUGUAAUUGAUUCACUCUGAACUCACUGACCUUCUAUGCUGUCUAUGUUUCGGACUGUCUCUUUCCUGUAUAUACAGUUUUUAUUUCAAAGCUUUUCUUAUCAUUGCUGUGACAUCCUGUUGUGUUCUGUGCAUCAUUUCUGCACCUACUAUGUUUAUUGAAUGUCAAACAGGCCCUUUGUUGAACUGCUUGUAAUGCAUUACAAGUGGUAUGAAUUUUGUAAAUAUACAGUUUAUUCUCAAUAUAUGUAAGUAUCAAAUAUAAAUUAAUCAUUCUAAAUUUUGUUUGGCGAUACUUUAGUACAGAUAAGAAAUUAGAAAAUAUAAAUUCCAACACUGUGUCAGCUGUGGAGAAGCACGUCUUUGUGCAUAUUCACCUAUAAAUGGACAUUCUCGCAUCAAAAAUGUUGUUCACAGUCGUUGGUAAAUUUUGUAGGUGUGCGUGUCUAUUUGGAUUUCCUUGUCGUAUUUGUCGAGUUCAUCAGAGAUCAAGCAUAAGAUCAUACACGGGUUGGAUUGAGCCUUGUGCGUGCUUUUCAUCUGAAAAAGCAGGCUGUUUUGGUACUCAUCAGUAGCAACUUAAAGUGGCACAUGUAGGAUUGGAAGGCCUUUUCUACACUUAUCUGCACUUAUCUUAGUUAGGUUGCAGUCAACAAGUCAAUGUGCUAAUCUUGUGUUAAAGCACUACUGGAGCUCCACAGGACAGUGUGUAGUCUGGUGGUGAACACAAGGCUCUUUUUCGUGAUGAUUACCUGGACAGCACUAAUCUACUGCAGUGUCAUCUGUUGCUGCAGCAAGGAGUCGUUGACAGCUGGAGCCUUAGAGGCGUUUCUUUGAAACCUGAAUGGGCAGAACAGACUCCUCAUAUUUCCAAGGCACAUGAGCACCCAUAUAUACAACUUCAGUGUCUUUGAUGCACAAGCUACUCAGAUUGAAAUACACUCAAACUUUGAUAUAACAGAUGCAGAAAUAAUGAAAUAUCAGUUAUAACGAAAUAAAUUAGAAAUAGUCUUGCAAUAGAUGUAGUGUUUAGAAUAUACCUUUAUAACGAAUUUUUGGAUAUAACAAACUUUCAUUUAAUAUGCAACUUCAUUAUAAUGAAGUUUGAGUGUACAUCUGCUAAAAAUUGUUAGCAUUAUAUUUUAAAAGCUUUCACUGUAAUGUAUAAUGCUGUACCUUACCUUGUCUUAAGUACAGCCACUACUGCACUAUUUACAAUAUAAUAUUUCUGCAUUUAUUUUCCUUGCAUCUUUUCUGUGAAAUGUGCAUAUAAAAUUUGGGUGAAUAUAGCAAAGUGUAAUUUUGGGCUGUUGGACCACUCAUGCUUGCAAGGCGGAGUAUGAAAAAUUGGCAGUGAAAAUAUUCUGCAGUUCAUCUUUCUGUUUUCUGCAUUAGACCUUCCAUGCAUGUGAUGCUAAUGGCAUGUGACAUUCAAAUCAAAAGCAGCUUUAGUGACAGCAGUUGCCUAGGCACAUUGUAGAUAAAACGAGGUGAGCAAAUGAGGCAUCUCGUGUCUAAUAUCUGCAUACUUAUUCAUGUGUAAUAUAGAAGGUAACACUGUGUAUUUCACUGACAACUAGCUGUCCAUUUUAGUAAUGACAGUUGUUACAGUGUAACACCUCGAGAUUAAUUGCAUGAUUGGAGAGGUGACUUAAUUUUGAUGUCCUCUAUUAUUCAACUUCAAGCAUGCAAAUGCAUUUUUUCAUUAGAAUGUAAGUGCAGUAGACGGAAUUUAAUGCCACAGCCAGUAGAUUAGUUGCUGAAUAUGAGGACCUCUUAUUGUGUUACCCUAAAUAGCGAUAUAAUAAUUCUUCGAAGGAGAGAUAUGCAUGAUAAGUUGUGACAUAUCACUUUUAACAGUCACAGUAGACUUGUCAAGAAGUCAAGCUGCGGCCCUACACCACACUACUAUAAUGUAUGCAUGACAUGGAUAAUGGAGCAAAGGAUUGUCGCUGCAUUCAUAGUUCCUUAAAGAGGCCCUGCAACACUCUUUUAACAUGUUCAGAAAAUGCAUUCAAUUGGUAGUCGAGACUCCUGCAAACACUAAAGCGCAACACAUAGCAUCGAAUUUAGAAAUAAAUUUCAGGUUCAGCUAGAACAUGGACACGACCAUUCGCUGAUAUGAGCAUUGUGAGGAGUUACGACGGCCGGUGCAAUGUGCUAUGACAUACGUCUCCACACUCUACCAGCGUGCUCGUAAUCAUACGAAAAAGUGAGCCAAAUAUUCAAAGCAAACAAAAAAAAAGAAAAUGCUCAACGUUUCGACACGCGCUGACAUAUGGGCUUAGCUUUUUGCCCCCUUGUAAUCCUUCCCACGUGUAGAUUUCAUUGCGCUCACUGAGGUGAAAGGGGGCAGGAACCGCUUAGAGCAUGUAACAAAUCCUCGUGUAACUCUGCUUGUACAUAAUAUAUCUUGAGAAGGUUUGCUGCAGUUGAUUCAUGAGGCAAUAAACUCCACUAAUGAGGUCCUGCAAUGAUUGCUUGGAAAAAUGUUGCUGGGCCUCUUUGAACACAUCACUUUCAUGGUCUUAUACGUUGCAAGACACAGCAGUCAGUCCUUCCAUUUUUUACUGCACUUUUAAGCUUUCUUCUACAAGCCCUAGCACAAAUCCUGUCUUUUCAUGGGGACCACCUUCUGCUGGUGUUUGUUGCACCAGCUGGCACAACUAGAUUGGGCCUCAUGAGUGAAAUAUACGCACAAUAUAUUUUUUUUACUCCCACAAGAUGUUGGGCUACAGAAACGAUCCUCAGGAAGCCAUUCAUAUUGCUUGGUUUUCUGAAGUCUGAAAUGCUUUGUGAACAAUUAAAGCCUAUCAAUAAAUACGAGGUGGGCAAAAUUUAUUCUCGACGUAAUGUGCUUUACAGUCUGGUUGCCUUUUUGUCUGUGUGAUAUAUUCCUUUAACAUUCUUUUACAAGAUAUAUUCAUGAUGAUAUGCAAGAAUUUAAUUUACUAUAUGAUGUUUCAGACGUAGUGACUUUUUUACACAUCAAUUGACCAACCUGCAGGACAGCAUAUUACCAUUUUUUAUUUCAGUGGAAGUUGUGCUGGCACUGUGUGUUCUGCGACAUUUUGUGAAGUUUAUUUGCAUUGACAUGUUGCCUCGAUACUUAUGGAUGAAAAUUCACUUGGCAGCUAGAGUUUUUAUUCAAGCCCUUGUCGUGCAUUGGAUGUAUGCUCCCCUGAGUAGCUGUUUUAGUGUUGCAUAUUGAAGCUGUCGAUGCUUGUUGACAAUAAAAGUUUUCGUUUAUUAUUUGCA